AAGCUUUAGUUCUUAAAUAAAUUUAACAUAAGCAUUAUCCACAAAAUACAAAUCACCUGAAAUUAACUUCGAGAUUGAAUCAAAUCGUUUGAGUCAAGCCCUGUAAAGCUUAAGCUCCCAUCAUUCCUGAACUAUUCUUCUUGUCCAAGGGUGGGGAAAAAUUAAAAUAUAUGCGUUUUCAAUCAACUUGCUUUAGGACUUUUUAAAGGCCUCUGACUUUUGUGUCAAGUGAGUGAGGAUAUGCGAUAUCGGUGUGGUAUAUAAGGUCCUCACUUUAAAAUUAUGGCUUUCUAUUCAAGAAGUGUUAACGAUGUCGGUAUUGAAAUUGAUCGACCAAAAUCAUGUAAAGAAUACGAAUCGCGAUUCUACCAAAAAAUUAACACUUUAAGUGAUAGAGCAUCAACUGCUUCUCGUCAAUCAUCCAGUGUAGGCGGAAUUUAUUCAAGAUACAUUAAUCCAGCUGUAUGUGUUGCAAAACCAGACACAAGCAUGGAAAGUCUUAGCGAUGAACUUCCAUCAAUAGUUCCACCAUUGGAUUUGAACUCAUCGGGAGAAACGAUGCCAUCAACUGAUAGUGCUCCUGGUGUGAGCUAUACUAUUCAAAAAAUUUGCGAAGAUACCAAGAUAUCGCAGUUAAAUGCAUAUCAUAAUUGGCUUUCGGGUAAAAAAAGAUUGAAGGCAAACAAGGAAGCAAAACAAAAGGAAAUUGAACAAGAACGUCAACGACAGCUUGAAGAAAGAAAGCAACUUGCUGAAGAAAAAUACCAACAGUGGUUAGCUAAGAAGACGCAGCCAAAAGAAAAACCAUUGCUUCAAACAGAAAUGCAAGAAUAUCAAAAAGUUUGCCAAAGUCAUGAUGACAGUGAGAGUAAUCGAAAAGCUUGGGAACAAAAAAAAUUAGAUGAACAACGUCGAAAAAGAGAGAAAGAAUUAAAACUCAGAGAACAACAGAAAAUAUUGGAAGAACAACGGAAACAAAAAGCUGAUAGAGCUUGGCAAAGUUGGCUGGCCGAAGCUCCUCUUAAACCAAAGCCGGUUCCUUUGAAUAAAGGGUUUUUUUCUUUGAAGGGAACAAUUUCGGAUAUUUAUGUUAAUCCAAAUCCUUGGCGUGAACCUUUUGAGCCAUUAGAUGAAGUCGAAUGUGAUUAGGAAUUAAUUUUGAAAAAAAAAUUGUAAUGCAAUGCAAUUUCGUCCAUAAAAAAUAACAGCGAUUUAAAUAAAAAAAACCGGUCUACAA